AUGGCUCAUUUGCUUUGUUCUUCCUCUUCUCUUAUUCACAUACUCUGUCAGAAAACACCCAUUUCAACUACAUCUCUGGAAUCUCGUUUUCCUCCUAAACGUCUGUUUUACAGGGCACCAUCAAACGUACUGAAUCAGCGUUUGCAUGGCCUGAGAAAUAAGUAUGGAUUGAUCAAUGGUUACCCACUUGAGCCCAAGCUUGGAGAUUCAUGUUUUCAGCCUUUGAGUUGUAUUCAUUCUUUUGAAUCUAGAUAUAGAUCAUGGCUUCAGAACCAGUCCUCCACUGCUCUAUUCUCUGCUUUGACAGAGACUGUGGUAAAUGAAGGGGAGGAGGAGUCAUGGAUUGAUUCAUUCCUUCCAACAUGGUUGGGGCCAUAUGCUCAUUUGGCUCGCCUCGACAAGCCCAUUGGAUCCUGGCUGCUUGCUUGGCCUUUCAUGUGGUCCAUUACAUUGGCUGCACCAUCUGGAAAUCUACCCGAUUUUAGAAUAAUGGCAUUGAUUGGAGUGGGAUCUGUGUUUUGGAGAGGGGCAGGCUGCACAAUUAAUGACUUCUUUGAUCGGGAUAUUGAUGCAAAGGUACAACGGACCAAAUCUCGACCACUCGCAUGUGGUAUGGUAACACCCUUCCAAGCACUAUGCUUUCUAGGCUUCCAAUUUCUUUUGGGAUUUGGGAUAUUGCGAGAAUUAAAUAAUUACAGUUGCAUCUUAGGAGCACCAUGGCCAUUGUUGGUUUCCAUAUAUCCUCUCUUCAAAAGAUUCACAUAUUGGCCUCAAGCAUAUCUGGGAUUUGUAUGGAGUUGGGGUGCUUUUCUAGGAUGGGCAUCGAUAAAGAGUAGUAUAGACCUAGAUGUUAUUUUCCCCCUCUAUAUAUCUGCAGUAUGUUGGACCCUUGUGUACGACACUAUCUAUGCUCAUCAGGACAAAGAAGAUGAUAUGAAAUUUGGUGUCAAAUCAACUGCAAUACUAUUUGGAGACCAAACAAAAACUUGGAUUACUGGCUUUAGUUUCGCAAGCAUAAGUGGCCUUAUACUUAGUGGGUUCAACGCUAGUGUUGGAUGGCCAUUUUAUUUGUUUAUGACAACAGCAGUUGGACACCUCGCAUGGCAAAUUAUAACACUUGAUAUGUCGUCCCCUGCCGAUUGUAAGAAAAAGUUUCUUUCAAACAAUUGGUUUGGAGCCAUUGUGUUUAUUGGAAUUUUACUUGGAAGAUUAACUACAUGA